AUGCCCUGUUGUUUCUCUCUCGCUCCAGCAAUACCCCUGUCAACUUCCCGCCGCCUAAAUACACUCACCAUUCCGCUCCGACCACCCUUCCCGCGACGUCGUCGCUCGCAACCCCCUCCAAUGGCCUCCGUCUCCUCCGACUCGGUCGCUGACCGCGAGCUCGACCUGGACGCCUUGGUGAACAACUUUCGUCGCAACGUCCCCAUCAAGGACCGUCGCUUCCGGCUCACCACCUACAAGGAUACCUUUGUCGGCGCAGAGGCUGUCCAAUGGCUUGUCACCUCAGGCACCGCCGAGAAUAGGGAUGACGCCGUCAAGCUCGGCCUCCUUAUGCAGGAGGCCGGCUUGAUCGAGCACUGCGUCCGCGAUCACGACUUUAAGGACGAGGAGCUCUUCUACAAGUUUAUUGAUGACUCGGAGCGUGGAGGCGUCCCUCAAAAGGCCGCCGGCCAGCUCGUCUCCUGGGCUGACUUCGUCUCUACCCCCAUGAACCGCAACUCGCGCGCCCUGCAGCCCCGCGUCCCGGAGGCUAACUUUGACGACUCACACUCGGCCGCCGCCCCCGUCGCUUCAGCUUUUUGGCCCAUGGACGACCUCAACGUCAAGUUACUGGACAAUGUCCAUCCACCCGAAUGGAUCGAUCCAGCCUUUGACGGCGUCUACAACGUCGUUGUCAUCGGCGCGGGUGCCGGUGGCCUAGUCACAUCAGCAGGCUGCGCUGGUUUUGGCGCAAAGGUCGCCUUGAUUGAGGCUAACGUCUUGGGUGGCGAUUGCUUGAAUGUCGGCUGCGUCCCGUCCAAGUCCCUCAUCCAUGCCGCCAAUCUUGCCCAUACCUUGAAAAAUAAUACUGAAUUGGCCGACGCUGGCAUCUCCAUCGAGGGACGCGUUAACGUCGACUUUGGACAGACCAUGCGCCGCCUGCGCAGGGUCCGCGCCGAUAUUAGUAAUACCGACGCCGCCUCUCGGUUUACGCGCAAGCUCGGCGUCGAUGUCUACUUUGGCUAUGCCAAAUUCACCUCUGAUUCCACCGUCGUCGUCAACGGUAAGACCCUCAAGUUUCGCAAGGCCGUCAUCGCCACAGGAGGUUACCCCUCGCUUCCAGGUAUUCCGGGCUUGCAGGAGCUGCAUGAUGAGAGUGUCGCAAAGGGCGGCAAGACCCCUUCUCCGGCUGUCAUGACCAAUGAGUCCUUCUUUAAUAUGACCGAGCUGCCGCAACGGCUUGCCGUAAUUGGGAGCGGUGUUAUCGGCAUGGAGAUGGCCCAAGCAAUGCAGCGCCUGGGGUCGAGCGUCACUGUGUUUGGGCGUUCGGGCAAGGUCCUGCCAAAGGAGGAUGCCGACUUGAGCGAGAUCAUCAAAAAACAGAUGGAAGAUGAUGGCGUUGAUUUUCGUCUCAAUGUUUCCAAAUAUGUCACGGUGGAGCGCUCGGGUGCCGUCUCCGCCGAGGGGUACGAGGAGCUGCUCAUGCGGACAGAGGAGGAGGAUGGCAAGCCCGUCGAGUAUCUGUUUGACGCCAUGCUGGUGAGCACAGGGCGCAAGCCCAACGUGAGUAACCUCGACUUGGAAAAGGCUGGCGUCGAGUACGACAGCAAGAUCGGACUCAAGGUCACCGAUAUGCUGCAGACGACCAACCCCAGGAUUUAUGGCGUUGGCGAUUGCUGCAGUGCUUACAAGUUUACCCAUGCUGCCGAUGCCAUGGCGCGCAUCGUCAUUCGCAACGCUCUCUUUCUAGGCAAGGACAAGAUGUCCAACCUGCUGAUCCCUUACGCCACAUUUACUGCUCCGGAGAUUGCACAUGUGGGCCUGUACGAGGCGGACAUGAAGGAAAAGGGGAUUGCGUACAAGACGUUUGAGAAGCAUUUUGAUGACAACGACCGUGCGAUCGCGGACAGUACGACGUUGGGUAUGGUGCGGAUUCACGUCGAGGCGAAGUCGGACACGAUCAUUGGGGCGUCGAUCGUGGGUGAAGGGGCAGGAAACAUGAUCAGCGAGCUGACGCUCGCGAUGCAGUCUGGGACGGGGCUUGGGGCACUGGCGUCAGUCAUCCACCCAUACCCGACCACGGCCGAGGUAAUUGCUCGGGCGGGCGAUGCAUACAACAGGACGAGACUGACGAAUACCGUUAAGCAACUGCUUCGUGGAAUCGUCAAGGUACAACGUUAAACUAGUACUUUCGCUUGCUUUUUCAUACUGUAUGUACACCGUCCUAGAGUCGGGAACAAAAAUGGGUUAGGAAGAACUAAAGGACGCUGUCGUUGUUUCAGAGUGAGGCAACCGUGCUUCUCUCCCA